AUGCCGUCAACGAGGUCAUCUAUUUUGGGCUUGGCCCUCGCCCUCCUGCCUCUGGCUGUGGCUGACGACCACCCUGUCGUGGCGGAUGAUGUCUGCAAUUGCUUCCUCACCAACACCUCAGAGAGCUACUUCACCAACCAUCUGUUCUACGACUUCCGCAACCUCGGCCAGUACGCCGGUGUCCCUGACAUCAUCACCAGCUACAACGACAGCGGCAACGCCUCGGUAACAUCAGACUACUUCAACUCCGAUGCAUGGACGUCAAUAUGGUCUAUCCAGAGCUGGAACAACAGCGGCAACAGGGGCAGGAGCGGCAACGAUGCCACCAUCAGCAUGGUCAACUCUCCCAAUAACAUCUAUAUCGAGAAGAACACCGACUCCAAUCCCCAGUCGGACACCUACAUGAGCUUCCGCACCGCGCGUCUCAAGGACUUCCAGACCUCUGCCGAGAUGGAGUCUGUCUCGAUGGGCUACCACUUCGUCUCGGUCCGCAUGUUUGCCCGCACCAUCGGCGACCCAGGUGCCUGCACGGCCUUGUUCACCUACCGCGAAGCCGAAAAGUACGCCGACGUUCAGGAGGCCGAUAUCGAAGUCCUGACCAAGGACCCCGACAACAGGAUCCAGUACACGAACCAGCCCUCGUUUGACGAUAGCGGUAACACCAUCGACCAGUCGACCCAGAACGGCACGGUGCCUGUCUCUUGGCGCGACUGGGCCAUCCACCGCCUGGACUGGGACUCGGAGCAGAGUGUCUGGCUUGUUGACGGCCACAAGGUCUCGACCAUCAAGUUCCAGGUUCCCCGCGAUCCCAGCCGUGUUAUGAUCAACUCCUGGAGCGAUGGUGGAUCAUGGUCUGGCGUGAUGGAAGUCGGCAAUUCGGCCGUCUUGCAGGUGCAAUGGCUCGAGUUGGUCUUCAACACCACUGACUCCCCCACCACCGUCACAAGGCGCGGUGCCGUCAACUCGCAGCACGCCCACGGACCCCAGGGCAAGCUGGCGCGUCGCGACGGCGAUGGACAGUGCCAGGUCGUCUGCAGCAUCGACUCCGCGCACGACUUUGGUCAAGUCGUCAUGUUGCACAACGGCACGGCGCCUGGGCUGUUGCUCGCCCAGUCCAGGGCCCUGGUCUUCUGGGUGCCGGUGUUUAUCAUGUCGGCAAUGUUCUUCCAUGUCCUGUCUUAA